GGGAGCCCGGGUCGCUCGCGCGCCACGCCAGCCCGUCCGCGUCCAGCCCGCGUCCAUGCAGCCCCGUCGGCUCCAGCCGUCCGCGCCCCGGCCGGGGGCCCGGCGUCCGGCUACCGGGCAGCUCGCGCUGCUGCUGCUGCUCGCCCUCCAGGGCGCGGCGACCAUGCCCGCGGGGCCGGGGGAGCCCGCGGGCCCCGAGCAGCUCCGGGAGGCGAGGCUCCCGCGCGCGCUCCUACAGCAGGCGGCGCGCGCGGCGCUGCACUUCUUCAAUUUCCGCGCCGGCUCGCCCAGCGCCCUGCGAGUGCUGGAAGCCCUGCAGCAGGGCCGCGUGUGGGUUGAUUCAAAACAAGGAUGCAAAAUUGACCUGGUCUUUAGCACACAAAGCUACAACCAGGAGGAAGGUGAGAAGCAUUUGGGGAAUUGUUCUGCCCAUGUGUUCUUCAAGAAUGAGAAACCCAGACCGGCCAUUAAUAUCACCUGUACAAGGAGCAUCGAGAAAAAGAAAAGACAAGAAGAUGAUUACCUGCUUUACAAGCAACUGAAGCAACUUAAGAAUCCUCUGAAGGCAGCCAACAUACCUGACAGUCACGGACACAUCGAUCCCUCACUGAGACCCAUCUGGGACUUGGCUUUUCUGGGCAGCUCAUAUGUGAUGUGGGAAAAGACAACUCCAUUCCUACACUACAACUUGGUCCGGCUUACUAGUGUAAAGCAGUGGAAAACUAAUGACACAAUUGAUUUUGAUUACACCGUACUACUUCAUGAACUCCCAACACAGGAAAUUAUUCCAUGUCGUAUUCGCCUGGUCUGGUACCCUGGUAAACCACUUAAAGUGAAGUACCAAUGUCAAGAGCUACAGACUUUAGAAGAAUCCUCUGGAACUGUGGAAGGAUCAGCUGAGUAAUCAACAGAGCUUAGUAACAUCUAAAAUUUAAAAAGGAUCUGCUUAUAUUAGAUUGUAGACAAAUGAUUAUACUAACUUGUCCUUAUAGUACCACAACUAAGGUCUGGGUAUUGCAACAACUAAGCAGUCCUCAGCAAGUUCAAGGUUUUAGCCCUAAAGUGCAAAAUUCAAUCAAUUAGUAUAUAUUGAAAAUGGAUCAGUAAUUAUUUUCCAAAAAAAAAACGGUUUCACCUCUGAAUUGGUAUUUAGAACGUACUAUAGGUAUUUUUAUGUUGCUAAAUUGCUCCUUCCUGUAUGUCAACAAAUAUAUUUGCAAAGAAAGCAACCUGUUGAGAAGAUAUGAACUGAGGAACUUUAUUAUAUUCUAUCAUUUCAAGCAAGUGUUCUUCUUUAACUUGAUACCUUUUUAAAAAAAUGUUGGUUAAACAAUAAAAUGUGUUUGCAGAGAUUUGUAUGCAUAGGCAAGAUUUGUGCUGAACUGAAAUAAAAUCAGUAUUGCUUGA